UGUUUGUACACGUGUAGUGCAGCAGCACAACAGCCAUAAAUAUCAUUAUUUUUCUCAGUUUGUGUGUGGUCUUUCAAAGCAAACAGCUUCUCAAAAACUGAAAUUAAAGCAUCACCUACGUACUGGCCAGUUGUGCUCAUCGAAAAAUGGCUAGUGUACUAAAAUUCUCUACUUCAGGUUUGCUUUCAGCCCUAAGAACUACAUCUCCAGUUUUCAGAGAGCAUUCACUAUUUCUACUAAGAGCAAUGGCCUCAGCAACAAAGAUAAACGGUGGCACAGUGGUUGAAGCAAAGGGUGAUGAAAUGACCAGGAUCAUCUGGGAAUUGAUCAAGGAAAAACUCAUCUUUCCCUUUGUGGAUCUGGACGUUAAAAGCUAUGAUCUCGGUCUGGAGUACCGUGAUGAGACCAACGAUCAAGUGACUGUGGACUGUGCUGAAGCCAUCAAGAAGUACAAUGUGGGAAUUAAAUGUGCUACCAUCACACCUGAUGAGGCCAGAGUGGAAGAGUUCAAGCUAAAGGAGAUGUGGAAGUCACCUAAUGGUACCAUUCGUAACAUUUUGGGUGGAACUGUCUUCAGGGAAGCUAUCAUUUGCAAGAACAUUCCUCGUCUAGUGCCUGGAUGGAAGAAAUCCAUUGUCAUUGGCCGUCACGCUUUUGGAGAUCAGUACAAGGCCACGGACAUUGUGGUGCCUGGCAAUGGUAAAGUGGAGCUGGUGUACACGCCGUCCGACGGUGGAGCGCCGUCUACCUACACGGUGUAUGAGUUCAAGGAUGGCGGUGGUGUCACUAUGGGAAUGUUCAACACAGACAAGAGUAUAACUGACUUUGCCCACAGCUCCUUCAAGUUUGCCUUGCAAAAAGAAUGGCCACUGUACAUGAGCACAAAGAACACAAUCCUGAAGAGGUACGAUGGAAGGUUCAAAGACAUCUUCCAAGAGAUUUAUGACAGUCAGUACAAAUCUCAGUAUGAGGCCAAGGGCAUCUGGUAUGAGCACAGGCUCAUUGAUGACAUGGUGGCACAGGCUAUGAAGAGUGAGGGGGGUUUCGUGUGGGCGUGUAAAAACUACGAUGGUGAUGUUCAGUCUGACAGCAUUGCACAAGGGUACGGCAGUCUUGGUAUGAUGACUAGUGUGCUGCUGUGUCCUGACGGCAAGACAGUGGAGAGCGAGGCUGCUCAUGGUACAGUCACCAGACAUUACCGCCAACAUCAGCAAGGCAAAGAGACCUCCACCAACCCCAUCGCCUCCAUUUUUGCUUGGACUCGAGGACUAUCUCACCGUGCCGAAUUGGACUCCAACAAGGAGCUGGCUGUGUUCGCUGAGAACCUAGAGGCAGUGUGUAUAGACACCAUAGAAAGUGGAGCCAUGACUAAAGACCUUGCGCUGUGCAUCAGAGGCAGUCUCAGCAAAGUGGAUAGGAGUGACUACUUGAACACUUUUGACUUUUUGGACAAGAUAGCUGAGAACCUGAACAAGAAGCAAGCACAAUCCCGUCUCUAACUGCCCAGCUUCAAACUUCAAACUAGAGCAGCACAGGAUUAGCUGUGAUAAACAAGAGUAGAAGAUUUAUAGGCUUUUGAUAAUUAUUAUUUAUUAACUUGCAUUACAUAAUGUGUUUGUGUGCAGUGC